AUGCGAGCGGUGUUGCAAUUGAAGUGCAACCCGAAGGCUGGCCUCGGAGUCGCCGGGGUCACAGACCUCUUGGACCAGGUCGCGGCAGGGAAAAGACAAAAAGUUCCAGGGGAACAGCACGACCAAGGUGGUGGCGAUGAAGACGCAGAAGAUGGUGCAUCCUCUCCUGCGGAAGCCAAAGAUGACAAUGAGGUUCAUGGUAAUUUUAGGAAAAUGAGUCCGGAAGUUUUGGCGCAUUUAUUAGAUCUGACGGAGAGAGGUUUCCCAACGGAAACUGAGAUACAAGCCGUCCGCGACUACUUGAGGCAGAACGAGUUGCAAACGUCGAUGACAACGAUAAACACCGAAAAUGUCAUGGAUGAUAAGGAAGUAUCGACUAGAGCAAUUAGAACAACAAAUUCGGGUAAUAAUCGUGAUCAAGAUCGUGGGCAAGUCGCGCAGGGGGAAGACCAUUUCAAAGAAGUUUUACUUGGUGCACCAGAAUCAAUCAGGACUCUGGCGGUGAAGAUGGCUUUCGGAGCUGUCCGGACGAACAGUAUUCGCGAAGAACAAAACGUGCUCUUGUUCCCGUUGUUGAGCCGGGUUAACCACGGCUGCCGGCCGAAUGUGUGGCAACAACACGGAGUCAUGCUAGCGCUCCGAGACAUCGAACCAGGUGAGGAGCUAUUUUGGUGCUAUCCGCAAGGAAAAGUCUUGGACGAAUGGGACGACGAUACAGCGCAGCACUUUCUCUUUUUAGGAACGAAAGAACGUCGGGAAUACCUGAAGCGCUUCUAUGAUUUCGAAUGCCGCUGUGGCCGGUGCUGCAAGCAUGAUGAAGAAAAAACAGCAACAAAAGCUUCCAAAAGUGCUCCUUAUGCUGACGCUUCUGCAGUUGAGCAUCAUGAUCAAGUAGCACGAGACGCAGCUCAAGAGCAAGAGCGGCUAUCUCUUCGUGCGAAGAAACAAGAAUUGACGGAAAGUGAAAAGCAAGAAAACGAGGCUUUGCUUACUCUACGACUAGCCUUCACGCUGUUGACAAGAUUCAUCAACAAAAUCUCCCCUGCUGAGAAGGAGAAUGACCUUUCGCCGUCUCCUAGGUCUUCUGCGGCGGAAGAAAUAAAAGACGAAGAGGACCAGUUGAAUGAGAACGGAGAAACUGUAGGUGAGCAACAACAGCAGGAGCAGAAGUAUGACUAUGACGAAGAUGAGGCCGAGCUGUGGCAUCGUCAUAUGGAAAAUUGCGAUUUGCUGCUCACUGAACUGGCUGAAGCCGAUCUCGACGUAGACUUGCGUCUUCUGGCGCGCAUUAGCACACUGCGAGCUCUCUACGACAGUACCCGCCUCAUGAGUACAAGCAUGGUCUUCAACACGGCAUCGUCCACGAUCAUGCAUCAUGACCCAUCAUCUGUUGAUUUAACGAGAAGUUUUGCGGUCCAAAGGGACUUCGAAAAAGCGUUGACGCAGGCGAUUGAGGGUGUCCAGAGCGAGGUGAAAUACCACCUGCUCGGUUACGGUCCCGGCGUCAACAUGCGAAACAAGGCUGUGGAAGAUCUCACCAGGGUGCUGGGGGAACUAUACUACCUGCAGAACUUGAAGCAGUACCUGCGUCGCAUAGCAGGUUCAGCGGCGACUUUCAAUCAGAGCGUUUGCGGUGGGGCAUGAUACAUUUAGGACCACGUCCUUGUUGAGCACGCGGUAAACGCCGGCCCCGGCCAUACGUGCAGCUAAACUUUAGUAACCUAAAAUUUUUCUAGUGAUGAUCCUUACGAGGAGGCGUCCUCUGGCACUAUUUUCAAACACGACAACUCCCUCUCCCGCUUAAAGCGAACAAGGACAACAAUAAUCGCGUUUGCUUUGCGACUGCAUUGAUUUCUAGUGAAG